CCUUGCUCGAAAGUAAAGCUAAUAAAUAGCCCAAAAGCAAAAUCCAGCGAAGUCAGACAUGGUCGUUUUAAAAGUUACAUCGGACGAUCAAUAUAAGCAGCUGAUUGGAGCCGCAGCUGUGUCGGUAGUACUGUUUUCAGCUGAGUGGGCUGAACAAUGUAAACAAAUCAGCGAUGUUAUGAAUGAGCUUGCCAAGCAGUCGGAUUUUAAAUCGUUGCAAUAUCUAGACGUGCCAGCGGAAGAUUUGUCGGAAAUUUCUUUGCACCAUCAGAUAGAUUCAGUGCCAACAAUUUUAUUCUUCCGUGCAGGUACUGCUGUUGAUCGCAUUGAUGGCGUUGACGUGGGGACGUUAACCCAAAAGGUAAAAAAAUACGCCGGUGCCACUGGAUUGAAUGCGACCGCGGGUGUGGCAAGCAACAUUGAAGUUCGGUUGAAGGAGCUCAUAAAUGUAUCAAAAGUAAUGAUCUUUAUGAAAGGCGACCGCAACACUCCACGCUGUGGAUUUUCAAAGCAACUGAUAGCAAUCAUCAACGACACUGGUGUUGAAUAUGAAACGUUCGACAUACUAACGGAUGAAGCCGUACGACAAGGACUAAAAACAUUCUCGAACUGGCCGACUUACCCACAAGUUUAUGUGAAUGGUGAACUUGUAGGAGGGUUAGAUAUUAUUAAGGAAUUAUUAGAAGGAGGAGAAUUGAAGGAAACUUUAAACCCCUAGAAAAACUCCGCAAUAGAAAAAGACCAGUUUGUCUACAAAUUUGUUACUU